GCGUGACAAUUACUCUCUUCUCUCCUUUUUGCCCAUAAUAAAAAUAAAAACUCUGUUUUUUUUCUCUCAUUUGCCAUAACAGAGAAGAAAGAGAGAGAGAGAGAAGCGAAGAAGAGAGUAAUGGCUGAUAAGAAAUUGAUUUCAUCUCCUUCUUCAGCUACAUCGAUUUACGACACUCGUAGUAAUAAUAGUAAUCAUCAUCAUCAUCAUCCACCGUCUUCUUCCGACGAGAUUUCUCUGUUUCUCCGGCAUAUUAUCGACCGUUCUUCUCCUUUACCUUCUUACUAUUCUCUGGCGACGAUGACUACGGCGGUUCACGGCGAACCACACGCAGGCAACUCGAUAUGUUUCGUUUCUCCUCAGACGUCGAAGCGCUCAGCUGGUUUCUCUGAGGUUUUAGUCGGCUCCGGCGUUGGAUCAAGCUCCGCCGCCGCGUGUUAUGGUUUCUCCGGAGGUGGUGGUAAUAACAUUGCUCAAGGAAACAGCUCAGGGACUCGUGUUUCGUCUUCCUCGGUUGGAGCUAGCGGGAAUGAGACCGACGAGUAUGACUGCGAAAGCGAGGAAGGAGUAGAAGCUGUGGUUGAUGAUGAACUUCCCAUUAAGUCUGGUCCUUCGCGAAGCUCAUCAAAGAGAUGCAGAGCUGCUGAAGUUCAUAAUUUGUCGGAAAAGAGAAGAAGAAGUAGAAUCAAUGAAAAAAUGAAAGCUUUACAAAGUCUCAUCCCUAAUUCAAAUAAGACGGAUAAGGCUUCAAUGCUUGAUGAAGCCAUAGAGUAUCUGAAACAGCUUCAGCUCCAAGUUCAGAUGUUGACAAUGAGGAAUGGGAUAAACUUACAUCCUCUGUGCUUACCUGGAACUGCACUACACCCAUUGCAACUCUCUCAGCUCCGACCUGGUGUUCCUCCAGAAGCAACCAAUGAUUCUCUACUUAAUGCACCAGCAAUGAUCAACACUGGGGCUUCUUCAUACGCGUUGGAACCUUCCAUUCGCAGUCACUUUGCACCUUUCCCUCUCCUUACUCCACCUGUGGAGAUGAGUUGUGAAGGAGAGUUAACUCAUCCAAGGUUGAACAUUGGUCAUUCCAACACAAACUUAAACGGGGGACAAGCUCCGUUUAAUGGGCAACAACCUGACAUUAAAGAUCGACUUACUUGAGAAGAAGCAUCUCAACUCUAGGUUCUAUGCGUUAUUGUUCCUUAGGAGGCAAGCAACAAAGCUGCUUGACAACGAACAUUUAACCGUAGUUGUUUUCUUCCAAGGUUUCUAUUUCUUUAUAAAUUGUUGUUAACAUGAACUCUGGAGACUAGUCUUUGAAUCUAGUUAGCUAUUUAAGAAAAACAAUCUGAACUUUUGCUACAAAGUAAUUUUCUAGGUUAAUUAAUUGUAUGUUUAAGGCGGGAUGUAAAUUUUCUAUAUCAUUUGAAAAUUAAAGAUAGGCGUUAUAUUCUA